AUGGACAUAGACUGGAUAAUGCAGGGCACUCUGGAAAAGGAAAUAUCACAGAAGAAGGGGAUCAUGGAAGAGAAGGCAGUGGCCAUAAAUGAACCCACCACAGACAACACUGGAUCCAGUGCAACCUCCAGUGGGACUAGGACAGCCUCCAACACUAUACCCAGCAUGACCUAUGGUGAUACCAGCACAGCCACCAACUCUGGAUCCCAAGUGACUUCCAGUGGAUCCAGGACAACCUCCAAUACUGAAACCAGCAUGACCUCUGGAGGGACCAGCGCAACCUCCAAUACUGGAUCCAGCAUGACCUCUGGAGGGAGCAGCACAUCUGUCAACACUGGAUCCAGCACAACCUCUGGGGGGACCAGUACAGCCUUCAAUACUGGAUCCAGCCUGACCUCUGGAGGGACCAGCACAACCUCCAAUACUGGAUCCAGCCUGACCUCUGGAGGGACCAGCACACCUGUCAACACUGGAUCCAGCGCAACCUCCAGUGGGACUAGGACAGCCUCCAACACUAUACCCAGCACGACCUAUGGUGGUACCAGCACAGCCACCAACUCUGGACCCCAAGUGACCUCCAGUGGAUCCAGCACAACCUCUAAUACUGAAACCAGCAUGACCUCUGGAGGGACCAGCGCAACCUCCAAUACUGGAUCCAGCCUGACCUCUGGAGGGACCAGCACACCUGUCAACACUGGAUCCAGCACAACCUCUGGGGGGACCAGUACAGCCUUCAAUACUGGAUCUAGCAUGACCUCUGGUGAGACCAGCACACCUGCCAAUAUUGGUUCCAGUAUGACCUCCAGUGAGACCAGCAUAACCUCCAGUACUGGAUCCAGCACAACCUCCAGUGGGACCACCACGGCCUCCAACACUGGAUCCAGUGCAACCGCAGGAGGCUCUGGUACACCUUUGACAAUUGAAACAAUCACAACUUCCAACAGUACUAGCACAAGUGCUGGAACUACAGUGAAUGAAGGGCCCAGUGGGUCCCUGAAGCCAUGGGAAAUCUUCCUCAUCACUCUGGUCUCGGUUACAGUGGCUGUGGGAUUCUUUGUUGGGCUCUACUUCUGUGUGAGAAACUCCCUGUCCCUGAGAAAUGUCUUUGACACAGCUGUCUAUCCACUCCAUGGCCCAAACCUCGGCCUAGGCCCUGGAGGGAAUCACACAGUCCACCACCGGUCUAGGUGGAGCCCUAAUCGAUUCUGGAGGAGACCAGUAUCCUCAGUGGCCAUGGAGCUGAGAGAGAGCCACAGUGGGCUCUAA